CAAAGAAGGAGCUCUGUAACAGUUACAAGUUCUUCAACAAGACAGACUUCAAGAAUUGGACCGUUUAUUUUGAAUGUACUUUUCUGUAAAGCUUUUGUGCAAAUACUGCUGGCAUUGUCAAUGGACGCUGAAGGAACAACACUUAAAGCGCCUGUCUCAAUCUGUGUUCCAUUCUGCAAAUGCCGGAGACUUACUGCUCUUCUUAAUGCUAGUCAUAGGAGAAGUGCAAUAUAUGUUUUUGAUAAAUCUUGCAAUGCAGUUUGCGGCCGAUGGUGCUGCUAACAUAUCUAUAUCCAUAUAUAAUACCAGCUGGUACGAAACAUCAAUAGCCACGCAGAAAUUACUGCAGAUGGUUAUACUAAAAAGCAAUCAAGGCUUUACUUUCACAUUUUAUAAUAUCUUCGAUGCAUCACUGCGAGGCUUUUCGGUGCUAUUUCAAACGUCGGUAUCCUACUUUACGGUGCUGAUAUCCUUAAAAUAAUUUACGUCAAAAUUGCACGGCAUUAAUUCUGCAGCAUUCCCAAUUCCGUGAUGUCGUAUAGUAAUCAAUUAUACA